AUUUAUUUAUUUACUCUUUUACUCUUCUGUUCAACUUGCAAAAUCCGCACGUUUCCAACUGAGAGCUAAGGAUUUGACCCACAAGAUUAAAACGAACUAAAAAUGCAACGAUUUAGUUUUGUUUGAUCUGCUGAAAUCUUGACAUUUGUGCUGCCAUCAGGAGAGCAAACAGCGUGAUACGUGUGGCGAAACGACGCACGUACCUGAAACUUAUCCCACCUUUUCUUUUAUUGAACCUGUGUGAUGGUCGUGCACACUCGGUCUGUGUGUGUUAAUUGUGAUGGGGAUGAAGGUGGUGAUGAUGAUGGUGGUGCUUGAGCGAGUCCUUCCUGCGUGCGCCUUCCUGCACGUCAGAGUUGCAUCUGGACACAUCAGCAGGGACGCGCACCUUUAGGGAAAUGAAAGCGUGAGAUGAGACCAGUCAGUUGCUGCUUGUAAAGACAUUGAGAAUGAAGUGUUUAAUCACCGCGGUUCUGCUCAAAGUGGGUUAAUUAAUAGGGCGGAAGUGGAAAUUGAGAGGGGAGAAUAAAGCAGAGAUAAUUGUUUUGGUUUGAUUUUUACUUAUAUAUACACGUACUUUCUGUCUAACAAAUGGUGUGUUUCUUUUUUUGUUGUUGUUUGUUUGUUUUUGUUAAUUAUGCAAUUCGGCGAGUUAAAGUGUGCCUUUAUGUGAGCGCGCGUAAAGACCGACUGGCUCGAGCGCUUCAUUUCGAUUCACCGGGGACUCCUGUGCGCAACAAGAGCCCCCCAUGGGUGCAAUAGUGCAAGCACAGACGGCGGUGAUUGGCCAGAGGUUGAUCAGAUGGUACACUUCCCCUCUGUAUCCAGUGGCACCUCACAGCCCCCCUUUCAGCAAAAACCAAAUCUCCGAUAAAGUAAUGGCAAAAGCACUUGGACUAUAAAAGACAACAAAUCAUAUUCCUCCGGAGUAAAUACACCCCGUUGUCCACCCAAUGAGUUCCUAUUUCGUUAACUCAACUUUCCCCGUGUCUCUACCGGGAGGACAGGACUCUCUCCUGGGUCAGAUACCGCUCUACUCCUCGGGAUACACGGACCCGUUGAGGCACUACUCCAACGCGGCCACGUAUGGCGCGGCCAACAUGCAGGAGAAGGUCUACCCGGCUUCCUACUACCAGCAGUCGGGCGCGGCGGCGGCGGCGGCCAUCUACGGCCGCGCUGCCGCCGGCGGCGGAGCGCCGUGCGACUACAACCCCGUGGGCACGUUCUACAAAGACGCGGAGGGCUCGUGCGCCUUCUCGAGCGGCCGCGAGGAGCAGCCGCUGUUCGUCACUCAGGAGCACCAGCAGCGCAAGGCGGAGUGCGCGGAGCAAGCUGUCAGCAUGAGCGGCAGCAUCGACGACAAGUCCUCCACUCUCAUCUACCCCUGGAUGCAGAGGAUGAACGCCUGCUCCGCCGGCCCAUUUGGCAGCAGCGGCCGCAGGGGCCGGCAGACCUACACCCGCUACCAGACCCUGGAGCUGGAGAAGGAGUUCCACUUCAACCGCUACCUGACCCGCAGGCGCCGGAUAGAAAUCUCCCACGCCCUGUGCCUGACGGAGAGACAGAUCAAAAUCUGGUUCCAGAACCGCAGGAUGAAGUGGAAAAAGGAGAACAAACUCCUGAAUCCCUCAAAGACAGCCGAGGAGGAGGAGCAGGAGCAGGCGGAGAAGAAGAGCUAAACUACAAAGGAGACUCUGAGACAAAAAACGAAGAAGAAGAAACGCUUGAAUGUGUGCGUGCGUGCGUGCGUGUGUGUGCGUGUGUACACAUAAAAUGAUGUAUAAAUUCUUUGUAGAUAUAAGAAGUGCUGCAGAAACCCCACGUUAGAGACGUGUAGAGUGACUUUGAGUAUUUGCACGGUGACUCUGUCCGCAUUUAUCAGGUCCUCCUCUGUUUGUUUGUCCUUGUGCUCGUGUCUUUAUUUUAGAGGACUAUGCAACAAACCGCCAAACUGUAAAUAAAACCCAGCGUUUAUAGUUCUCAGUGUUGUUACCUCAUCACUAUAGGCCCGCUGGGCGCCACCUUUAUUUAAUCUCAGUGACAUUAAAGCAGGUUUUUUUUUUUUUUUUGUUUGUCCCUUGUUGUGUAGUUGCUCUGAUGUGACUGUGAUAUAGUCUUUAGGCUUGUUGUUUACCGAUGAGUUCAAUUUGUACAAAUGUUAUUUAUUGUUGUCUCACGUGUUCAAUGCACAUCUGGAUAUUGUGUGCAAUAUUUUCUUUAGGGGAAUUGUACAUAUAAUAAAAUAAAGGCUUUUUGAUGUAAAUCUGCAAAA